CGCUGUCGCUCCGCUCUACACUAUAUGCGAUAACUCCGCAAAUAUUCAUUAUUUCGGGUUUUCCUUUGGAUUUUGACGGUAAUUUUUGUUGAAACGGCUCUUGGAUGUUUGAUUGCAUCAUCGCUACAGUAUUCGUGGUUUGAAUACCAGAAUAAUCCGACAGCCAUAGUACUUGAUAUUGAUUACAAAAAUUUUAACGUCACGAAGCCAGCCUUGACUAUAUGCAUGGACAACUACAUUUCCACGGAUAAGUUUCCGGCAGUCUUCAAGAAAUUUGGAGUUGAAGAUACAAAAGAGGCAAGAAAUUUUUUUCACUUCAUAUCAAGACCAGUCUACUCAACUCUAAAUCAAACACCAAUAUACAACGGUACUUCACCUGACAACUGGUUGGAAAUAAUCCGGGACUUGCAUAUCGACUAUGAACCAAAUCAAUGCGGUUUGCAGGAGUGUACCGGGACUUACAAAACUCUGGUUGUCACAGAAAAAGGCAUAUGUACAGCCCUAUAUGGUGCAUACAGUAAUUACUCGUCAGUAGACUACUGGGUGUCAAAUGACUGGACCAUCUUCCCACAGAGAUCUUUACCGACGUACAAGUACGCUCGUCGAAACGACAGGAUAAACAUCCAGGCAAUUCCUUUGUCAUACGAACUGGCGUUACACUAUCCGAACGAUCUACCUGAACUAAACACCUGGUGGUACAAUUUAAAAGAAAUGUCUGUCAUAGAUAUAAAAAUUGAUGUUCAACAAACGGAGGGCUCUGAUGAACUGAGAGAAAUGUCUAAGAGUCAACGGGAAUGCAAUUUUCCUGAAGACGGAGACUUAAAGAUGUGGCCAGUCUACACACGUAACAUGUGUAUCUUAGAAUGUAGAUAUAAUUUUAUAAAAAGUCGAUGUGGAUGCUACCCGUAUUUCGCAAGACCGAUUCCUGGAGUUCCAGUGUGUAAUUCAACACAGUUACAUUGUAUUUCGGGUAUUUCUGAUUCAAUAACUUCAUUGAAAAGCAACAACAAACAUUUGUGUACUUGCCCAGAAAACUGUAAUACAGCUAGGUAUCCAAAUAUUCGUGUUGGGAUUGCCUACAACAUUGACCGAGUAGACGUCAUACCAGUCAGGACGGUAAACAUUGAUAUUGAAUUUCCCUUCACCAAGAUGCGUCGUGAAGUAUUCUUCGGAUUUACUGAAUUCUUAGUUUCAGUUGGUGGAGCUGCAGGAUUAUUCCUUGGUGCAAGUAUAAUAUCAUUCAUUGAAAUCUUUUAUUACCUUACGUUGAAGCUCUUUUGGUAUAGAUUUUAUAUGUCUAAAAACAGAAAAUAAUUAA